GAGAUGAUGCGGAAGGAUACGCAGUGACGUUUCGAACUGGAGGCUCCUCCGCAGCGCUGUGAGGUGAACACAGGAGAGAGAGAUAGGGAGGAAGCAGAGGCUGAACACUCAGUCCUUCACUCGGCAGCAUCAUGGCACCUAUCGGAUUAAAGGCGGUGGUCGGCGAAAAGAUUAUGAAUGAUGUCAUCAAGAAGGUGAAGAAGAAGGGAGAAUGGAAGGCACUGAUCGUGGACCAGCUGAGCAUGAGGAUGUUGUCGUCCUGCUGCAAGAUGACAGACAUCAUGACGGAGGGCAUCACCAUUGUGGAGGACAUCAUGAAGAGACGAGAGCCUCUUCCCAGCCUGGAGGCCAUUUACCUGAUUACACCCACAGAGAAGUCGGUCCACACCCUCAUCGCAGACUUCAAAGACCCUCACUCAGCUAAAUACAAGGCAGCCCAUGUUUUCUUCACUGACUCCUGCCCCGAUCCUCUCUUCAAUGAGCUAACAAAGAGCCGUGCUUCCAAAACCAUCAAGACUCUGACGGAGAUCAACAUCGCCUUCUUGCCCUACGAGUCUCAGGUGUACUCUCUGGACAAUGCAGACGCCUUCCACAGUUUCUACAGCCCCCAUAAGACCCAGCUGAAGAACCCGGUGAUGGAGAGGCUGGCGGAGCAGCUAGCCACGCUCUGCGCCACCCUGAAGGAGUACCCUGCCGUCAGAUACCGAGGAGAGUACAAGGACAAUGCCACCCUGGCCCAGCUGGUUCAGGACAAACUGGACGCCUACAAGGCUGAUGACCCCACCAUGGGAGAGGGUCCAGAUAAGGCCCGCUCACAGCUGAUCAUCCUGGACCGGGCGUUCGACCCUGUCUCUCCAGUCCUGCACGAGCUCACCUUCCAGGCCAUGGGCUACGACCUGCUGCCCAUCGAGAACGACGUCUACAAAUAUGAGACGAGUGGCAUUGGAGACUCUCGUGAGAAAGAGGUUCUGCUGCAUGAAGACGAUGACCUGUGGGUGAGCCUGAGACACAAACACAUAGCUGAGGUGUCCCAGGAAGUGACUCGCCAGCUGAAGGACUUUUCAGCCAGCAAGAGGAUGAACACUGGGGAGAAGACCACAAUGAGGGAUCUGUCCCAGAUGCUGAAGAAGAUGCCUCAGUACCAGAAGGAGCUCAGCAAGUACUCCACCCAUCUGCAGCUGGCUGAGGACUGCAUGAAGCAUUACCAGGGAACAGUGGACAAGCUGUGCCGUGUGGAACAGGAUCUGGCUAUGGGCACAGACGCUGAGGGAGAGAAGAUCAAAGACCCCAUGAGGGCCAUCGUGCCCAUCCUGCUCGAUGCCAACGUCACCACGUACGACAAGAUCCGCAUCAUCCUGCUCUACAUUUUCCUCAAAAAUGGCAUCACGGAGGAGAACCUGAACAAGCUGAUCCAGCACGCUCAGAUCCCCCCUGAGGACAGCGAGAUCAUCACCAACAUGGCUCACCUGGGCGUCCCCAUCGUCACAGAUUCCACCCUCCGCCGAGGAAAGAAGUUGGACAGGAAGGAGCGUGUGAGCGAGCAGACCUAUCAGCUGUCCCGCUGGACCCCACUGGUCAAGGACAUCAUGGAGGAUGCUAUUGAAGAUAAGCUGGACACCAAGCACUACCCCUACAUCUCCACCCGCUCCUCUGCCUCCUUCAGCACCACUGCUGUCAGUGCUCGGUACGGACACUGGCAUAAGAACAAGACUCCUGGAGAGUACCGCACCGGGCCGCGUGUCAUGGUCUUCAUCAUCGGGGGCGCCUCCUUCAGCGAGAUGCGCUGUGCCUAUGAGGUCACACAGGCCAAUGGGAAGUGGGAGGCCGUCAUUGGAUCGACCAACAUCUUCACCCCCACCAGCCUGCUGGAGCAGCUCAAGGCCAUGAACAAACCAGACGAGGAAGUUGCAAGCUAAGAUCCUCCAAUCACACCUCUCUCCUAUUUCUCUUAACCCCGCCCCCUUCUUACCUCUGUACCCUUUCCCUGAAAACUACAUUAACUGUGUAUGCAUCCUGCUUGAGAAGAAUAAAAAAACAUCUGAGAUGAUAAAAAAAUAUAUGUUGUAUCAAAGAAUAAAAUAGUUGCAAGUAAUCAAAGUUUUACAAUGGAUGCAACUAAAUGAACUUAUUUAAAAAAAGGUUUACAUAUCAGAACAGAAGGCCAUUUAAAACUGAAAGUACCCAAAUGUAAUAUUGUGUGCAAAAGGUCGACAUUUUCUCUUUGCUUUGGGUUUCCUCCCCUGUGAGUUUUAUCGGAAGCUUGUUGAGGAGGGAUGAGCAGUUUGAGAGGUCGUUGUUGUAAAAUAUAUCAUAUCAGUCAACAUGCAAUAUAAAUAUAUUCGUCAGAGAGGAAUCCCCCCCCCCACCCCCGCCCAUUUGAGAUGUUCGUAUUCAGUAGCAUGCUUGGACUUGUGUGGACUGUUAUGUGUUUGUAUCCAAUGUGGAUGUUCUGGGAGCCGCAGAGUUAGCACUUAGCUUUUUCCUAAGAUGUUGAGCUUGAAUACUUCACUGAAAACAUGUGUUUUGAGUAUCUAAAAAUACACACUUCGAAAUGUAUGGGUAUCCAGUACUUGGCGUUCCAUCCGUAAACUCAGCUGGCAGUUUAUAAGGUUAAACUAUAGCAAUGUAAAUGUAUUGCAAUAUAUCCAGAUGUGUCAGUAAGGGUCAGUAUGCAACAGCACCACAAGCUGCAGCCCACAAAAUGACCUUUAAGCCGUUACUGCUCUAAUAUAUGUAUAUAUAUAUAUAUUUAUUUAUGUGGGAUUUAAAUAUAUUAUAUCUUAGCUGAAGUUUAUGCAAUUAGCACUAGCAAGCACAGUAACCGCAGUUUGUUUUUCAUGCUAUUUUCACUUAUUGUUCCAAAUCAACGUCAAUGUCCUUGACGUUUUCCCUGCAAUCAGCAGUCGCCAUUGUAGAUUAAUAUAGAAAUAAGUGCACAAAUCACUGAAUAUAUUCAUUCUAGCCAAGGAAAUCACAAUCUAACCCCUCCUGGCGCUGCCACAUAGCUUGUAAUAUAUAUCUGGACACAUUUUAACGCUGUACAUAAGGAAGAGGUGCGAUACUCAAAACAUAGACUUUCUUUAAAGUAUUCCUUUUAAAGCGUUUGGUUUAGAAGACGUCGGAUAGAGAGAGCUCUGUAAAAAGCCCGAACCCCCCCUCCUCCGGCUGCCGAGACUGUAAAGUAUUUACUUGCCACAACCUUUUUCCUUUCUCCGAAAAAUUCACGUUUUAAUGUCAAAGGCCGAUGCUUGCAGAUAUUUAAAGAAUAAUCUUAAAAAGGGCCAGUUGUAUUUCAGUAUUGUAUCCUGUCAGAUUAAGUCUUUUCAUUGGUUAGUGAUGUUUCAUUGGGCCGUGCACUGAGUAGUGUUGUGCACGUGCCAUCCGUUGCUGUUUUAGCGUCUCACUGUUGACUGGUGAUAUUCCUAACUGUGAAGUAGUGAUACCUUUUCCUUUAAAAAAACGUCGAUGUGAAGCCGCCGUGUUUGUGAUGUUUUAGCUGUAGCUGUUAGUGGUUCAAAAAGAAGCUAUUUUUUCCUCCGGUGCAAUGUAAAACCCUCCAAUGGUGAAUGGCUUUGCAAAAUAAAUCCCUUAAAUCCACUCUUUUCACUUUUCUUCCCUCCCUCCCCUCUUUCCUGGCCAAACAAGUUGUAUAUUGCACUAUUAUGCGUUUUCUGUGAUGCAAACGCUUGACUUUGUGUUCAUUUAUUUUCUAUUAUUUUCUGUUGUAUAGGAUUUACUCUGUCAAAUCAAUUGGUUUAUAUCAAAUUAUUUAUCAGAGAAAAAAUAAUAGUGAUGCAUUAGUCUGUUCUAAAACUGUUUAACUUAUUGGGAUUGUAUGUUUGCGAGUGUUGAAGCACAAACAAUACUUCCAUGUGUACCUAAUAUGUACUAAGGCUGUCUAAUAAAUUGGCUUCCAUUACA